CAUGGAUCGUACAUUGAACAUCAGCACUUCAGAUAAUAGUGUAUCUAGUGGAUCUUCUAGUAAGAGCCCAAAACUGAUGCUCCACUUUAAAAACAAGCCUUGCCUCAAAAGAAGAGGAAGAACCAAAUUUUCUCUGAACAUUGCAAAUAAAAGAUUGUUUUCAAAUAUAAAACUCAGACAAGUUAAUACGAGCAUGAAAACAGCAAAGAAAGUUAAUAAAGUAAAGAGUCCUAAGAAUCUAAACCAAAAGUUCAGACCAAGAAGAAGAGUUCUCUCAGUUAACUCACUUUCUGUUAGGAAUGCUGAGGAGGAGUCAUUUGAUGCUUUGGCUUCUGCUCACCAGAAAAUGAUUUUCAAAUGUAAAGAGAGACUUCAGAUGAGCAGAUAUCAAAAUGGAAGAUUUUUCUCUCCUCAUAAACUUACCCAGAAAGCAAUUAUCGUCAGUUAUAACAACAAGAGAGAUGAUAGAAGACCCUCUGAUUUUUCAUUAAACCAGGAUAAACUUCCUCAAAUCCGGUGUUUGAGUCCCUAACUGACUUAUACUAUAAUUCUAAAUAACUUUGAACAGAU